CAAAAAAGAAAAGUCAAAUGUCCAUACUUUGCUUUGGCCGAAUUUUCCGGUAAUAAGAAUGGCUCUGCCUCCAAAAUCUGUCACAUCUCCACUUACAUUCAUAACACCAAAAAUAGUAAAUCCAACCCAAACUUCUUCUUUCUUCCUUCCUUUUUCCAUAUCAAAAAAACACACACAAAAAAAUGCACUCUCCUAAAGUAUAUCCUAACAACAAAACCCAAUGUUCAAAUGGCGUUAAAAAUCUUAUUAUGAUCAUUUCUUCCCUUCUUAUAAUUUACCUCCUUAGUUUCAACUUUUCUGGUCCUAAUGACGACAAAUUACUCCAUACAUCAGUUUCACUCCAAAAUGAUUCCUCAUCAUCUUCAUCAUCAUCGUCAUCAUUAUUAUCAGACACAAAUCUUGAACAUAUUGUGUUUGGAAUUGCAUCUAACGAGCGGGCAUGGUCCGCUCGUAAAGAAUUAGUCAAGAUGUGGUGGAAACCGGGACGAAACAUGAGAGGUUGUGUUUUUCUUGAAAAAAUGCCACCAAAUUACACAAAUGAUGUAAACGAUACAUUGCCUCCUAUUUGCAUUUCAGGUGACACGUCACGAUUUAAGUACACGUUUCGCGGUGGGACCCCCUCCGCUAUUCGUGUGGCACGUGUCGUUACUGAGACCGUCGCUUUAAAUCAUUCGAAUGUGAGGUGGUAUGUUUUUGGUGACGAUGACACGGUUUUUUUCACGGAGAAUUUGAUUAAGACGUUGUCUAAAUAUGAUCAUGGCUUAUGGUAUUAUAUAGGGUCGAAUUCUGAACAUUUUUUGAUGAAUAAGGCUUUUUCUUAUGAGAUGGCUUUUGGUGGUGCUGGUAUUGCUAUAAGUUAUCCAUUGGCUAAAGUUCUUGGUAAAGUUUUUGAUGCAUGCAUUGAAAGGUAUCCUCACCUUUUUGGAAGUGAUGCUAGGAUUUAUUCAUGUUUGGCUGAGCUUGGUGUUGGCUUAACACAUGAACCCGGUUUCCAUCAGCUGGAUGUAAGAGGAAAUAUGUUUGGAGUAUUGGCUGCACAUACAAUUAGGCCUUUGGUAUCUCUGCAUCACAUGGAGAUGAAUGAUGCCAUAUUCCCCCAUAUGACAAAAAUGAAAGCUCUGGAGCAUUUAUACAACGCUGCAAAAUUCGAUCCUCAUCGAAUUUUGCAGCAAACAAUAUGUUACGAUCGUUGGUUUACUUGGACAGUUUCGGUUUCUUGGGGAUAUGCUGUUCAAGUUUUCAGCUACAAUGUGUUUCUACCGGAUGCUCUGCGCGUACAGGAGAGUUAUAUUCCGUGGCAGACGAGUGAUUUGGCUAGACAUUAUGACUUUGAUACAAGGCCAUAUGAACGUGACCCGUGCAAAAGACAGCUUGUUUAUUUCUUACAUAAUGUGUCCUCUGGAAUUGAUGGAAAAAUCAAGACUAUUUACAAGAAGAAAACACCUGAGAAUUGCACCAUCACCAUGGUGUCACCUAGACAACUAGAAGAAAUCUUAGUAACCUCACACAAGUUAGACCUUGACAGAAAACAGUUGCUAACACCAAGAAGACAGUGCUGUGAUGUAUUGCCUUCUACAUCUAGAAAUGUGAUGGAUAUAGAGAUAAGAGAAUGCAAAGAGGACGAACUAAUUUAUAUACACCCUUAGUGAUAUACGUUCCUGUGACAUUCACCGUCGAUAUUUACUGCAAGGAAGGCAAAUUUUUUCCAGUGACUUUUGUUGAUGGCAAAUUGGUGAUGGAAUGAGGUAUUUUUAGUACAGAAGAUUUUGUUGGUUAAGGAGAAAAUCCCCCAAUAGGCCAAUACUGUUUUGCUUUCUAAGUAUAGAUCUACUCUUUUGCUUGUGAAGUUGAUUAAGGAAAGCAGUUUGGGAGAUUAUCUAUGAAGUUACUAGAAUUAGAGUGUACUUCCGGAAAGCAAAUUAUAAUGAGAAAGCUAUGCACAUGUGCAGUAGACUUAAUUGUGUAUUAGCAAUCACAUGUGAAGAAACUUGUGAGUUAAUCAAAGAAAAAACUCAAAUUGACUUGUUCAA